AUGGCCCUCACGCGCUCUUCCUACUUGGCCCUGUCCCUAUCGACAGUGUUGGCUGGUAACUGGGCGAAAGCCGACUCUUUCAUUCCAAAGGUCUCCGGGACACCGCAGAUCUUAGGCAAUGUAACUGAUCCGACUAUCUGUCGCGACUCGUGUGGAUCAACCAGAUUUGGCAGUCGCGUGCUGUGGACAUGUCGUGACUCGCAACCAUACGGCUCGAAUGGAGCCCCGAUUUUUCCGGUCUACUCAAGCUCGGCCUCAUGGACUGAUUUCAACAGCGACGGCACUCCGCUCAUUCAAAGCGGGAUUCAGAGCAGUCAUGGUGAAGAGACUGGUCUUCUUUGCUAUGGGGACAAUAAUGAAACACCAUUUUUCCCCAUUCCCCAGGAUGAAUGUAGCGAUAACUCCGCUGGCGGGUGCUCGGACAAAACCCGAUGGGCUCUCUGGCCAAACGUUCCUCCACUGAUGACAUUUGGGGACCCUUCUAGUGGAUCUGUAUCUGCUUGGACGUGGAUUACACAGUCUCACAUCACCUCUAGUCUGGCAUUACUGAAUCCCGACCCUCCGACGGCCUUGUACCAGGUUAAUUAUGACGGGCCGACUGGCUCUUCGAAUCCCAAUCAGCUCCCUAGCGUCGUACUGGUUGAGGAGACCUUCUGGACAUCGGAUCAGAUUCCAUACGGUACAUAUGGUAAUCUGCUUGUGAAUGGCACUGUAUAUCUGUACGGACAGAAUGCCAAUGGCACCGUCGGCCUUGCCCAGGUACCUUCUGGUCAAGUCAGCAACCUCACCGCGUAUCAAUAUUAUGUGAAUGAUGCAUGGACGACCACUAUUCCCGGUGUCAAUGACACGGGUGUCAAUAUUCCAAAUGCAAGUGCUGGCGGCCAGGGCACAUACUACUACUCGUCCAUUUGGGAUCUGUACGUGUGGAUCGGACAGAAAAGCAACACAAUUGGUGGCUAUUUCUACGUCACGACAGCUCCUGCUCCUGAGGGACCUUGGGCUGAACCCGUCAACUUCUAUACGGUUGAGACUAACGGAUUGCCGUACACGUUCCAGGCGCACCCUGGCCUGAUUAGCGAUCCGAAUGAGAAUGCCAUCUAUUUGUCAUGGACUGUUAGCACUACCGCUGGAUAUUACACUCCUUUGGCUUAUGUUGAAUGGGAGUAA